CCAUAUCCGUGCUCACAGUGUGGGAAAAGUUUUAAUCAACAGGGUACUCUCAAAAUCCACCAGCGCAUUCACACUGGAGAGAAACCGUAUCAGUGCUCACAGUGUGGGAGGAGUUUUAAUCAACAUAUUGAUCUCAAAACUCACCAGCGCAUUCACACUGGAGUGAAACCGUAUCAGUGCUCACAGUGUGAAAAGAGUUUUACUCAACAGACUCAUCUCAAAAAACACCAGCGCAUUCACACUGGAGAGAAACCAUAUCAGUGCUUACAGUGUGGGAAGAGUUUUAAUACAGAGAGUAUUCUCAAGACCCACCAGCGCAUUCACACUGGAGAGAAACCAUAUCAGUGCUUAGAGUGUGGGAAGAGUUUUAAUACACAGAGUACUCUGAAAACACACCAGCGCAUUCACACUGGAGAGAAAUCGUAUUGCUGCUCACAUUGUGGGAAGUAUUUUAAUCGACAGAGUAAUCUCAAAAUACACCAGCGCAUCCACACUGGGGAGAAACCAUAUCAGUGCUCACAGUGUGGGAACAGUUUUAAUCGACAGAGUAAUCUUAGAAGCCACCAGCGCAUUCACACUGGAGAGAAACCGUAUUAUUGCUCACAGUGUGGGAAAUAUUUAGCUCAUUCAUCAACCCUUAAGAAACACAAGUGUGACAUCACAACGUACCAAAUAAACUAACGGUUUAAUUAUU